AUGAUAACAGUUUUGAGUAAGUAUGGCUGGGGCGGCACAUUUGGAGCAUUAGCUAUUUUCGUGAUUGCAUUCCAACAUUUGCAUGUUGAACGCAAUGCAAUGCAUCUGGUGGGAUGGGUCAAUCAAGAGUGGAUAUUACAUCACAGUGUUAAAUUCGGUGUCGGACAGUGUGGUGUGACAUUAUACAAAAACAAGAAUGAAAUCCGCCAUCGUGUUGUGCCUCGUCGCGCUCGCGGGGAUCGCUCUAGCGCGCCCCGAGGACAAGUACACCAGCCGUUACGACAGCAUCAACAUACCGGAGAUCCUGCAGAACCGCCGCCUGCUGGUGCCUUAUGUGAACUGCGCGCUGGAGAAGGGCAAGUGCACACCAGAGGGGCGGGAACUGAAAUCCCACAUAAAAGAAGCUUUGGAGACCCGCUGCUCCAAGUGUACCGACGCUCAGAUACGCGGCACUCGUUUGGUGUUAGGCCACCUCAUCAACCACGAGCCGGGGUACUGGAAUCAGCUGACCAAUAAAUACGACUCCACAGGCAAAUACACCAAGAAGUACGAACAGGAACUCAGAACUCAAAUUUAAAAAGGAAAAUUAAAAAAGGAAAAGUCCUUAAACCAGCUAACGUUAUAUUCGAGUCUUCAGUAAGAUGCUG